CCGUAUUAAGAAUCGUGGUGAGGGUUAAACACCGAAAAAUAGAAGGGAAAAAAAUAAUGAAUCGUUAUAAUUGGUAUCCGACAUUUAAUUCGUGUGGAGAUAGAGCAACACGUAUUUUGGAGGAAAGCACUUGAAAUUACCUCGUUUACAACAAUAGAGGGCGACACUCAAAAAUGUUCUCUUUGGAUAGGUCUACAGCAGCUGCUUGAUAGAUUGAGAGAGUCUAUCAGUAGUUGAAUGUCGCCCGCUAUAAUUUUGUUUUUUUGAUAAAGUCGGAUUUUGAUGGUGUCCCAUCCGGUGAUCCAAAAGUCAUGGCGUCCAAGUCAAAAGUUAAGGGAAUGAAGGCUUUGGUGGAGCAGUUCCGGUCUGUCACAGGGGCUAGUGUAGAUGUUGGUCGUAAAUUGUUAGAAAUUUGCAAUGGCAAUCUGGAAAUGGCCAUCAGUAUGCAGCUCGAUGGAGUAGUGGACACACCAGGAUCAUCGUCCGUAUCGCAAAGCUCAGCAGUGGAAUCACCAGAAGAUAAUGUAAGGGCUCCAAUUCCACAGAAGCGUGAGGUACUUGUACAAGACAUUCCUGUAUUUGGACCGAGGCCGAGGAGGAGAGGUGCCCCAGGGUCAGUUUUUGACCGAUUUAGGGAUUUUCGGGCAGAGACAAGACAACAGGAGGAGAUGAUACGGGGGCUAAGCAAUAAUAAAGGAGGAGAAUCAGCGAAGAAACGCACUUUGGAAGAUCUGUUUAGGCCACCAUUGGACAUCAUGCACAAAGGAACGCUUGCAACAGCACGUGAAGUUGGUCAGCAGCAAGGCCAUUGGUUAUUAGUCAAUGUCCAAGAUGUCCAAGAGUUCAGUUGCCAGAAACUUAACAGGGAUGUAUGGAGUGACCCGGCAGUCAAACGCUUCAUCAACCAAUCAUUUGUCUUCUGGCAGGUAUACCAUGAUAGUGAGGAAGGCCAAAAGUAUUGUCAGUUUUAUAAGGUCGUCAGUUUCCCGUAUGUCAGCAUCCUGGACCCGAGGACCGGCGAACUCCUUGCAUCGUGGAGUAAACUUGAUAGUGUUGCAUUUUGCGACUUGGUGACCAAAUUUCUAAGGGAUUAUCCUUGUUUUGACAGAGAUGGAUUUAGUCCUCCAAAGAAGAAAGCAAGGAAGGAAAGUAUAAUAGAUGCGGACGAAGAAAGCCAGUUGAAGGCUGCAAUUGCAGCUUCCAUGUCGGAAACGAGCUGCAAGACCAGUCAGCAAUCAUCGCAUAAAAAAACAAUUUAUGUUGAUAGUGACUCAGAACCGGAAUUAUUAUAUGAAAGUGGUUCUUGCCAAUCGGGAAGCGAUGACGAAUCAUGUAGUUAUGUUGAGGGCGAGAAUCAUAGAACUAAUAACAUCAAGAAGGGGCCAGAGAGCGAUGUAGAUAUUGAGACAUUAGAUGAAAUUGAGGCUGUUGAUGGUCACAUAGUCGUAGUAGACAACUUUGUUGCUAAAGAAACUGAAAGUAAGGCAGUUAAACAAAAAGACAGCCUUGAGACAACUUUGCCAAAUGAAAAUGAAGAAAUUGGUUCAACAACUGUCAUACUGAAAAACCACAAAGGAAAUGAGUCUGCUGGUGGAAGUACAAGUAUAAACCAUACAGAUGGUACCAAUAAUGUUAAUGAUGCUGAUGAAAAGAAAAAGUCAUCAAAAGAAAACGACUCAGAAGCUAAGAUUAUGCUUAGACUGCCUGACGGUGCAAGGAAACAGCUCAACCUCCCUGGCAGAUCAACAUUGGUGGACCUAACAACAUGUGUGAAAAAAGAAGGAUUCUCCAGCGAAAGAUACGAACUUGUAACAAAUUUUCCAAGGCGGCAAUUAUCUUAUAUGGAUGGAGAUACAACACUGGAAGAGGCUGGCCUAGUGCCCCAUGAUACUGUCUUUGUCCAAGAAAGAUGAUCAUAGCUAGUAGUCCAGAGAUCCGAGACAAAUCAUUUUUUGAAGAAUAUGAAAUGGAGUGUCAUGCAGGGGAAGAUCCAAUGGGAGUGGGUUGGGCGGGGGGGAGAUGGGAAAGAGUCUCCGUUUUGGUACUACUACAUUUAAAAAAAGAAAUCAAUACAUACCAGUGACAGGUAUUGAAAAUAGGAUAAAAUAGAAUAUAAAUACAAAAUAUCUCAAUAGGGUCUACAGCCCCUUUGUUAUGCCACUACUGCUAGCACUCCCUAUUUUAAUCUGGAUUUGGUGGCCCUCACCCCUCCAUUUGAAAAAUUCUGGAUCCACCCCUGUCAUGCAUAAAAUAUUUUUCAUGUGAUCAAGUCACUGGUCUUUGGGACUAUUUGUUUAACGCUUUCCCAAAGUGACAAUUUGUCGACACUAGUCCUUUUGUCUAGCAAUUUAUAUUUAACACUUAUUUCUUGAUGUGAAUGUGGUUGCCCGAGUGAUCAUUUCUAAUCACUUGGGCUCGGUCUAGCAAGAUAAUAAUUAUAGCACUUGCCCGAAGUGAAAAUUUCUAAUCACUGGUGCUUUGGUCUAGCAAGUUAGUAUUUAAGCACCUGCCCGAAGUGAGAAUUUCUAAUCACUGGUGCUUUGGUCUAGCAAGUUAAUAUUUAAGCACUUGCCCGAAGUGAGAAUUUCUAAUCACUGGUGCUUCGGUCUAGCAAGAUAAUGUUUAUACCACUUGCCUGAAGUGAGAAUUUGUAAUCACCAGUCCUUCAGUGUAGCAAGAUAAUAUUAAUAACAUUUACCCGAAGUGAGAAUUUCUAAUCACUGGUGCUUCAGUUUAGCAAGUUGAUAUUUAAGCACUUGCCUGAAUUGAUAAUUUCUAAUCACCAGUUGUUGGGUGUUACGUAUCAAGCCAUGAUUAGCAUUUACCCUGACUGAGAAUUUUUAAAUCAAGUCUAUAUAAUAUUUUGUGGCUUAGCCUGCCUGCCAUACAUUUGCAUGUGGUAUGAAGAGAAUGAUGACGUUGAAUGGUGUCGUAUCUCAUGAGUCUGUCAGAUGGCUCAAUAAUGCUGAAUUCUAUCCUACCAUGUAGGCUUUAUAUUUUUAUCCAGUGAAGCGUAUAGACCCAGCUAAAAUUAUAAUCCUAGAUGUAACCAAUUGAACCCAAAGAUUUUUUAUAACCUAAAUGUUUAAUUCUAUGGAUAUGUCUAAUUGUUAAAUAUCAUUGUAUAGUGUUUGUGAUGUCAUUUCUGGGAGUGCCUUCAGCAACAUUUUAUUCUAUUAUGGCUGUAGAAAUUUUCUAUAGUCAAUUGUUUAAAUAUACAAUAAUGCCAGCAUAGCACAGCCUAAUGUUUUUUCCUAUGGUAUAACCUAAUUAACAAUUUUUAAAUAUUAUUAUAAUGUACCCAAUUUAGCCUAAUUGCAGAUAUUGUUGUUAAUGCAAACUUAAAACCAGGUUUUGCGCAACAGCUAAAACGAAUUAUGUAUUAAGGAGAUGAUACAUUAUUGCCAAUUUAUCCCAGGUUUAGUUAGGGUUGCCUAAACUAUUUAAAUGCAGGGAAGCUCUAUAAAUGGUGGCCAAUUUUAGCACGUUUCUAGUUACUGUAUUAUCAAUGUCAACAAAAGCCACAACAAUUUAGGUGAUGUAGUUUGAAAGUGACAAUAAACAGUAGACAUGUAAUAGCCAAAUACCUUAUUUUCAGUAAAAAUUCCAUAAAAUUGGUCAAUUCAGGCUGGAUCAUGUUAAUAGCCAGAGCAAAUGUAUUAAUAACUGCAACAAUUUUUUUAAAUGAUAUUCAAUUUAAUAUUUCAUGAAAUUGCAAAACCAGUCAAUUAUUUGCAGCAAAUGUGUAUAUUAAACCAAUAUCAUUUAUCUAAAGUAAAUUAAACGUAUCUUCAUACCAAGGAAUUGUAGACUACAUUUACCAUGCCAAAUCAUGACGCACAAAUGUGGAACUGAAAGUGAGAUUGAAAUCUAGUACAGUAUAGAUGAGCUCAUUUCUCUUCUAUAUUAAAUUUGGUAAAGUCGAGGGAAAAACCAUAAAUUUUAUGAUAGAAGCAUUGAAUUCCUCAUAUGAAAGAAUAAAAUAGUUAUUGUUUUCCAA